AAAUUUUCAUUUAAAAGAAUACAUAUAUUAACAUAGAAAAUAGUUUUAAAUGGAUGGCCAUGAUUAUUGAUGUGCUAUCGUAUUAUGCCUAGGGACUAGGGACAACAAGAAAAUGGUCGGCAGCGUAAACUAUAUAUAUUAUCAAAUUCGAAAACUUCAGUAUGGCAAGUCCAUCACCACAAUCAUCUCCUAUGCCUCCACCGCAAACACCAAGUCCUAUGGGUCCUCCUCAGCAGGCACCAUCACCAUCUAAUCCACAAGGUAGUCCUAUGGGUCCACCACAACAUCAUCCUCAUAGUCCAACACAAGGAUAUCAAACUGGUCCACAAAUGCCACCUGGUGGUAUACCUAUGUCUGGUCCACCUCAACAACCUCCACCACAACAACAGACCUAUCCAUCGCAUCCACAACAAAUGCAACCUUCUAUAAGUCCGCAGAAUCAAAGUGGUCCUGGUGGAUCAGUCAAUCAAAAUUCUAGUUCUCAAUUGGUUCCUGGAGGACCUAUAGUACCAGGUCAAAUGGGACCAAAUGGACCUCAAGGAGCAUCACAUAUGAUGCAAUCUGGUCCAAAUCAAAUGAAUACAAAUGGACCAGGACAAAUGAAUUCUGGUGGACCUGGACAAAUAGGUCCAGGACAGAUUGGACCAACUCAUAUGGGACAAACAAGUGGAGGACCACCAGGAGGUCCACACAUGAGUCAGUCUCCUACUCAAAUGGGUCCUGGAAAUGGACCAAUGUCAGGUCCACAAAUGGGUUCUGGAGGACCUCCAAAUUCGCAAAUGGUACCUGGAGGUCCUGGACAUAUGAGUGGUCCACCAGGAUCAGGUCAUAUUAAUGCCACAGGGCCACCAGGACCAGGUCAUAUGGCUUCAGGUGGUCCACCUGGUCCAGGACAUAUGACUAAUGGACCGCCAGGAUCAGGACAUGUUAAUCAAAGUGGUCCUCCAGGAUCUGGACACAUGAAUACUACAGGACCACCAGGUUCAACUCAUAUGAAUACCGGUGGACCUCCUGGAAAUCACCUAAAUACUGGACCACCUAUUCCAAGACAUAUGAAUGCAGAUGGUCCACCAGGACCUGGACAUAUGACUCCCAGUGGAAAUCAUUUAGGUCCAGGACCGGGUCAAAUGCCGCCAGGUGGUCCUGCUACACAUAACUUAGGACCAAAUCAAAUGGGUCCUGGUGGACCAAAUCAAAUGGUCCCUAAUAAUCAAGCUCCAAUGGGUCCAAAUCUCAUGGGAUCUGUUGGUCCAGGAGGACAAAUGGGACAUAAUGGGCCUUCGCCAAUGGGUCCAAAUGGUCCUGGACAAAUGAAUAUGGGAACUCCUUCAUCACAAAUGGGAAUGGGGGGACUUGGAAGUCAAUUGGGACCAGGCGGACCACCUGGUAGUCAAAUGGGUCCAGGAAGUGGAGGACCGAAUAGUCUUGGGCAAAUGAUGCCGGGAAGUGGUCCUGGAUCACAAAUACCACCAGGUAAUGGGCCUGGAGGACCUAUGGGUUCUAGUGGUGGACCUGGAGGACCUAUGAAUUCUGGUGGUGGACCUGGAGGGCCUAUUGGCCCUGGUAGUGGACCUGGUGGACAAAUUGGAUCAAGCAGUGGAGGACAAAUAACCCCAGGAAAUAAUACUGGAGGACAAAUAGGACCUGGAAGUGGUGGAAAUCAAAUGGGACCUGGAAAUCCUUCUGGAAAUCCAAUGACAUCAGGAAGUGGAGCUAGUGGUCAAAUUGGUCCAGGAAAUGGACCAGGUGGACAAAUGGGUCCAGGAAAUGGUUCAAGUAAUCAAAUGGGAUCUAGUCCAGGCGCACAAAUGGGUCCAAGUGGUCAAAUAGGAUCUGGUAAUUCUGGAGGACAAAUGGUUUCUAGUGGUCCAGGUGGACAAAUACCACCAGGUGGCACUACAAAUCAAAUGGGAUCUGGUGGUAAUCAAAUGGGACCAGGUGGUCCAAGCAAUCAGCUUAGUCAUGGUGGUGCAACCAAUCAAAUGGGAUUAAGUGGACCAGCUGGACAAUCACCUUCUGGUCAAAUGGGACCUGGUUCACAAAAUCAACAAAUUAUACCUGGAGGUUCAGCACCAAUUGUACCUAAUGCACCUGUAAAUCAAAUGAGUCAAACUGGACCUGGUCAGAUUGGUCCUAGUGGACCUGGAGGUCCACCUGGUGCUGGACAGGAAAACUUAAAUGCUUUACAAAAAGCUAUUGAUUCAAUGGAAGAAAAAGGACUUCAAGAAGAUCCGCGUUAUUCACAAUUACUUGCAUUAAGAGCGCGUCAAGGCAAUAUGGGAGAAAAACAAACUUUGAGUUCACAACAAUUACAACAAUUACGAGUUCAGAUAAUGGCAUAUCGAUUAUUAGCAAGAAAUCAACCGUUAUCGCAACAACUUGCACUUGCAGUUCAAGGUGGAGCUCCUCCUCCUUCACCUAUGGGGCAACGAACUCCUAUAGAUCCAUCUCAAGGACCCACUGCUGCUACAGGUCCACAAAUCUCAGGACCAAAUGUAAUUGGUUCUACAGUUCCUCCAAGACCAAGCUGCCAGACACCACAACAACAACAACAACAACCUCCUCAACCAGGUGCUAAAACUAACAGAGUGACAAGUGUCACAAAACCAGCUGGUUUAGAUCCAUUGUUAAUUUUACAAGAACGUGAAAACAGAGUGGCAGCACGUAUAGCAUUACGAAUGGAACAAUUGAGUAAUUUACCAACUAAUAUGCCAGAAGAUCUUCGCAUUCAAGCGCAAAUUGAAUUACGAAUGCUUAGAGUAUUGAAUUUUCAAAGACAGUUACGAUCAGAGAUUUUAGCAUGUACUCGAAAAGAUACUACUUUAGAAACUGCAGUAAAUGUAAAAGCUUAUAAGCGUACGAAAAGACAAGGCCUUCGAGAAGCUAGAGCUACUGAGAAACUUGAAAAACAACAAAAAUUAGAAGCUGAAAGAAAACGCAGACAAAAGCAUCAAGAGUUUCUUAGUUCUGUACUUCAACAUGGUAAAGAUUUCAAAGAAUUCCAUCGAAACAAUGUGGCCAAAUUGGCUAGGCUCAAUAAAGCUGUUCUCAAUUAUCAUGCAAAUGCUGAAAGAGAACAGAAGAAAGAACAAGAACGGAUUGAAAAAGAACGUAUGAGGCGUCUUAUGGCAGAAGAUGAAGAAGGCUACAGGAAACUAAUUGAUCAAAAGAAAGACAAACGAUUAGCAUUUCUAUUAUCACAGACAGACGAAUAUAUCAGUAAUCUUACUGAAAUGGUAAAACAACAUAAGAUUGAACAAAAAAGAAAACAAGUGGAAGAACAAAAACGUAAAAAAAAAAAGAAGAAACUACAAGAUGGUGAAGGAGGUGAAGAAGGAAAUGCCAAUGAGGAUACUCGUGUUGGAGUAAUUGAAACAGCUACUGGUCGUACAUUAACUGGUGAAGAAGCUCCACUAAUGAGCCAACUUUCAACAUUUUUAGAAUCCCAUCCAGGAUGGGAACCAAUUGAAUCAGAAAGUGAAGAAGAUGAAGAUGAAGAAGAAGAAGAAAACGAAGGCGAAGAGAAAAAUGAAAAUAAAGAAAAAUGUACUGGUGAUUCAGAAGAAGAAAAAGUGAAAAAGACAAUACAUAAAGCGAAAGUAGAAGACGAUGAAUAUAAAACAGAAGAACAAACAUAUUAUAGUAUUGCACAUACUGUGCAUGAAGUAGUAACAGAACAAGCAUCUAUUAUGGUGAAUGGAAAAUUGAAGGAAUAUCAAAUAAAGGGUCUGGAAUGGUUAGUUUCCUUAUUCAACAAUAAUCUCAAUGGUAUACUUGCGGAUGAAAUGGGUCUUGGUAAAACUAUUCAAACAAUAGCCUUGGUAACGUAUCUUAUGGAAAAGAAAAAAGUUAACGGACCAUUUCUUAUCAUUGUACCAUUAUCAACUUUAUCAAAUUGGGUAUUGGAAUUUGAAAAAUGGGCUCCCAGUGUUGUAGUAGUGUCAUAUAAAGGUUCGCCAGCUGGUAGAAGAGCUAUUCAAUCUCAAAUGAGAGCAACUAAAUUUAAUGUUUUGCUUACUACAUAUGAAUAUGUUAUUAAAGACAAGGGUGUCUUAGCAAAAUUACAAUGGAAAUAUAUGAUUAUUGAUGAAGGACAUAGAAUGAAAAAUCAUCAUUGUAAGCUAACUCAAGUGUUAAAUACUCACUAUUUGGCUCCUCAUCGACUCCUACUAACAGGAACACCGUUACAAAAUAAAUUGCCCGAAUUAUGGGCAUUAUUAAAUUUUCUACUUCCCUCAAUUUUCAAAUCUUGCAGUACUUUUGAGCAAUGGUUUAAUGCUCCAUUCGCAACUACUGGUGAAAAAGUUGAAUUAAAUGAAGAAGAAACUAUUCUGAUAAUUCGUCGAUUACAUAAAGUAUUACGUCCUUUCUUAUUAAGACGUUUAAAAAAAGAAGUUGAAUCACAGUUACCAGAUAAAGUAGAAUAUAUUAUUAAAUGUGAUAUGUCUGGACUUCAAAAAGUUCUUUAUAAACACAUGCAAAGUAAAGGUGUAUUGUUAACUGAUGGUUCAGAAAAAGGAAAACAGGGUAAAGGAGGCGCUAAAGCUCUAAUGAAUACCAUUGUACAAUUACGGAAAUUAUGUAAUCAUCCAUUUAUGUUUCAAGCUAUUGAAGAAAAAUAUUGCGAACAUGUAGGUACACAAGGAUCUGGUGUCAUUACUGGUCCUGAUUUGUAUCGUGCAUCUGGAAAAUUUGAAUUAUUAGAUCGUAUUCUUCCGAAAUUAAAAGCAACAAAUCACAGAGUAUUAUUAUUUUGUCAAAUGACACAAUUAAUGACAAUUAUGGAAGAUUAUUUAAGUUGGAGAGGGUUUAUGUAUUUGCGGUUAGAUGGUACUACAAAAGCUGAAGAUAGAGGAGAUUUAUUAAAGAAAUUCAAUGAUCCUGGUUCUGAAUAUUUCUUAUUCUUGCUAUCAACGCGUGCCGGUGGUCUUGGAUUAAAUUUGCAAGCUGCAGAUACUGUUAUUAUUUUUGAUUCUGAUUGGAAUCCACAUCAGGAUUUACAAGCACAAGAUAGAGCACAUAGAAUUGGCCAAAAGAAUGAAGUACGUGUACUCAGAUUAAUGACAGUUAAUUCAGUUGAAGAAAGAAUAUUGGCUGCAGCAAGAUAUAAAUUGAAUAUGGAUGAAAAGGUUAUACAAGCAGGAAUGUUCGAUCAAAAAUCCACUGGUUCUGAACGACAACAAUUUUUACAAAGUAUUUUGCAUCAAGAUGAUGCCGAAGAUGAAGAAGAAAAUGAAGUACCAGAUGAUGAAACAGUUAAUCAAAUGAUUGCACGAACAGAAGGAGAAUUUGAAAUAUUCCAAAAAUUAGAUUUAGAACGAAGAAGGGAAGAAGCCAAGUUAGGUCCAAAUAGAAAAUCUCGAUUAUUAGAAGAAGCUGAAUUGCCCGAUUGGUUAGUUAAAGAUGAUGAUGAAGUUGAAAGAUGGACUUAUGAAGAAGAUGAGGAUAGAUUUCUUGGACGCGGCUCGAGACAACGAAAAGAAGUUGAUUAUACUGAUAGCUUAACUGAAAAAGAAUGGCUCAAAGCAAUUGAUGAUGAUGGUGCUGAAUAUGAAGAGGAAGAGGAAGAUGAUAAAAAGAAAAAGAAAACAAGAAAACGAAAGAAAAAAGGCGAAGAAGAUGAUGAACCUAUGCCAAAAAAACGAAGAGGAACAGGAUCUUCGAUUGACCCAAAAAUGAAACGAGCUAUGAAAAAAUUGCUUAUGGUAGUUGUUAAUUAUACCGAUAGUACAGAUGGUAGGCUUCUUAGUGAACCAUUUAUGAAAUUACCAUCCAGAAGAGAAUUACCAGAUUACUAUGAAAUUAUUAAAAAGCCAUUAACUAUCAAUAAAUUACUUCAAAAAAUUGAGGAAGGAAAGUAUGCCGACUUUGAUGAUCUUGAGAAAGAUUUUAUGCAGCUCUGUAAAAAUGCACAAAUUUAUAAUGAAGAAGCUUCUCUCAUACAUGAAGAUUCCAUUGUUUUACAAUCUGUUUUCACAAAUGCACGUCAACGUAUCGAAGAAGAAGGAAAUAAUUCUGAUUUAGAUGAUAAAGAUGGUGAAGAUGGAUCGGAUGCAGAUUCUAGCGUUAGAAUGAAAAUUAAAUUGAAAGGAAGAAAAGGUGAAGGUAGAGGAGGACGAAGAAAAAGAGUCACUAAAAAAUAUAUAUCAGAUGAUGAUGAUGAUGCUGAUGAUAAUUAAAAGAUGUUGGGUGCAUUUUUAGAUUAUCUAAGAUAAUAAUUAAGAUAUUACUUAAUUUAGUUAUUUCAAAUUGAAUUGCUGAACGUACGUAUUAUUACAUAAUUAAACUGUAUGAGAUUUUAAAAGAAUAUGACUAUGUUUUAUAUAUAUAUCUAUAUAUGUCAUAUAACUUGAUUAUUAUAGCCAAGUUAUUCUAUUCUACAAAUAGUCGUUAAAAAUUACAUCUUAAUGACUAUACUCAUUUGAAUUCUAAUAUUAAAAAAACAUGAAUUAAAAUGUACUAGAUCAUUUUUUAUUUGUGAAACAAAGAAUGUGCAUUUUA